AGGUGCCAGCAACCAGAGCCCAGAAAACACUCCCUGGGCAGCAGCCAUGGCCCAGCCCCCUCCCUGCUGGCUGUGGGUUCUGGGGACCCUGGCAGGCCUCUCAGCUACCCCAGCUCCCAAGAGCUGUCCUCAGAAGCACUACCGGGCUGAGGGAGAGCUGUGCUGCCGGAUGUGUGAGCCAGGGACAUUCCUUGUGAAGGACUGCGACAGCCUGGGCACGGAGACCCGCUGUGAGCCCUGUAUCCUGGGGGUCUCCUUCUCGCCAGACCACCACGCCAGGCGCCACUGUGAGAGCUGCCGCCACUGUAACUCAGGUCUUCUCAUUCGAAACUGCACCCUCACUGCCAACGCAGCGUGCACCUGCCCCAAGGGCAGGCAGUGCCAGGACAAGGAGUGCACCGACUGUGGGCCGCCUCCAAACCCCUCGCUCACAGCCGGUCCAUCUCAGGCCUCAGGCCCACACCCACAACCCACUCACCUACCUUAUGUCAACAAAAUGCUGGAAGCCAGGACAAUCCAACAUGUGCAGCCUCUGCCUGACAGCAAGUCAAGCCCAGCCCUCCCCACCCACUGGCCAUCCCAAAGGCCUCUGUGCAACUCCAACUGCAUCCGCAUCUUUAUGAUCUUCUCUGGAAUAUUUCUUGCUUCCACCAUGGUCGGAGCCCUGUUCCUCCAUCAAAGCAGAAGGCAUGGACUAAACAAAGGAGCCGGAGCAGCCGCUGAGCCGGGUCCCUACCGACUACCCAGGGAGGAGGAGGGCAGCGCCAUCCCCAUCCAGGAGGACUACCGAAAGCCAGAGUCCGCUUCCUACCCCUAAGCCACCCUCUGCCGGGUCGUCACUGCCAUGCCGUCCCUGUCUCACUUCACCGGC